CCGAGUGUAAUGGUAACCAGAUAGAGGCGUCGCGCGGGUCUAUCGGCCGAUGGAAUAUGGGAUCUGGAGUCUUCAUGCCGCGGGUGAACUUUGGGGUGACCCGCGUCUCGCCCGAAGGCACCCGAUUCUGCCACCAACCGCGACACAGUUGCUCCCAAGGGCCGCGUUCGCCCUGAACGCUCUCCACCGACCGGACAUGGUGCCGUUGCCAUUGACGUCGGCCGGACCACCGUACGGACCCAUGGAGUUAGUCACGAAAUCCUCGAAGGAUAGGGAUGAAGCGGAGAUGGAAGAGAAUGAAGGGAACGAGGAUCAGCAAUGCGACGACAACGAAGGAGACAUCGAAAAAUCUGACAAAAAUGAUAAUCAGACAUCAGUUCCAAAGGAAAGUAACGACAACGAAGAUGCCGGAGAAGAUAGCGACAGCGGAAGUACAAACAGUUCUCAUCGUUCGGCCAAUAAUAAUCUUCCGGCGAAGUUGCUUGACCCAAUGUCUUACCUCGCUUUCGAUAAGGAAGGAACAAUGACACCGGUUCUAAACGGUUGGGUCCUUGGUGCAUACACCGCCAUGCUUGGAAGACUGUCUGCAGCCACUGCGGCUCUCGAAGCCACAGAAAUCCCAAAUAUUCCUUCCGACAGCGACUCCGAGAGCGAACAUUCGUCUUAUACCGAGAAUUUGAGGUCGCGAGGUAGCAGUCCCAAUGUGAGCAACGCGCAUCGCGGUUACUCGUGUGGUUCCUGUGAUGUGGUCGCGCCAACGAGACCCGCCCUACGGAAGCACAUCGUGGAUUGCCAUCCACCCGUGACUAGCACGGAAAGUGGAGAAACGAAAAGUUGUCCGUCCUCGGGCUGUGACUUUACAACGAGCAGCAGGUGCGAGAUGGAGACCCACGUGGCUGCGCACGUGGCGCAGGGCAUGACGCCUACCGGAAAGAAGCGAACAUUGGCAUUGCAGCGCGUCAGGUAUAGAUACGAAAGGGAAGAGUAUCGUUGUUCGCUAUGCUCGUACGCCUGCACCAUCGAGAAGGCGUUUCAAAGACAUUUAAGGGCCCACGCGAAGGGCACAGCACCGGAGACCAGGGUGAGCUGCGCUGUCUGCGGUGCGGAUAAAUCUUCCGAAGUCGAUCUGAGCAGACAUAUGAGAAGGCAUCGCGACGACCGAUACUUCUGCUGUGACAUUUGCAUUUUCCGCACAGUACAAUUGAAAAAGCUCAUUCAACAUCGACGCAUGCAUACAGGCGAGAAGCCGCACCUCUGCCCGCACUGUGCGUACAGGAGUGCACGCCGUGACAACCUACGAAGCCACGUGCGACGCGUCCAUAAAAAGGAGAAUCUCUAUUGCGACACGUUCAGUCCACGGGGCAUGCUGUUCACACCUACAAUCGGCAGGGACACCCCGUUGGCGCAGAGUCCUGAAUCCUCGCCGUCCUCCAAUUCGGAGUCCGCUAACUAGCGAAGCAACUGAACAGAAAGAGCAAAUGAGCGGAUCGUCGUUACACACAUCCUAACUUCGUCAAUACUGCGUCCUAGGUAUUCAAAUUGUGCAGGUGGUUUUACAUUGGCAAAGCUGAUCGGUACCGUCAUCACUUCAGCUAUCUUCCAUGGCUAACACUAGGGCUACUAAGCAGUCAAAUUGACUUUUCAAAAUUUUUCUAUAGAAACCCCAAGAGUGCAUCUAUCGAGACGUCAAUCGCUCAAAACUUGGUUUGUGUAUUACUAAAAUAAUUUCUUUAGAAAUUUCUUAGAGAAGGAUCUAUUAUUUUUCAAUAAUUGUAAAAGAAGAAUUCAGGAAUGGGUAAUUUUAACCCACCUGAUAGUUCUAGUGUUAAUGUCAUACAUCAUAUGUAUACCACGCUUUCGUCGAACAAUUUUCUUUUUUUAUUGUCUUCUUUGUUGGUUACAUUUCAUCAAUAGACGUUAGAAACUAGUAUUAACACAUGUGUAGGUUCAAUAAUUUCAACUAGUGUUUGUUCAAAUUUUGUUCAAAUUUUAUGAUCAAGUUUAAUGAUACUUUUUUAAUACCUAUCGCUUCAUGUUGCUUGUCACCGGUAAAACAAAGUUAACGAGAGAAUUCUAUUUUUUAAUUGUAUGUUGUAUUGAUAAUUGAUACAAGGUCACAUAAAAUGCUAGCUAAAUUAAUGACGGUAAAAAUGAUCAGAAGUUGACAAUUCCAGAGCUCUAAGUACUAUUAUGAUUCUUCAUGAUUGUCCAAAAGCGUUAUUACCAUUAAUACCUAUAUUUACGUGAUACAGAAGGAUAACGCUCUAAAAAUAACGAGAUGUCCAAGCGUAGAAGAAAGUAUCGAGGAAGACAGUGCAACUUCUGAUUGAGAACGAUGAGGUUUGCCCUUAGAGGAUUAGGCAACAUGUAGAGAAUUGCAUGCGAACGUCGGUAAUAUAAUCUAAUCUUUAAAUUCUAACGAGAUCUUAUAUUAGUCGAUUUUCAAUUAUCGGAACUCGAUCGUUUGUCAGAUGACGAUGAACGAUGAUAAAGCUGCGCAAUGAUGUACUAGACUGGACUAUAGAGGAAGACUGAAAGUAGGGAAGCUAGACGGCCGCGGCGCGUCUUCGUCCUUUGUUUAAAUAUCUUCUGCGUCGACCGUUAGAUGUCGAGCGGAAAUUCAGCGAUUGUUAAGACUGCUAUCCUGUACUGAUGGUUAAGAGAUACUCACGCUAUGGAAAGUUUCGAUCACUUCAAUCGCUAAUCUGAAGAAAUUCCGAUAAAAAAGGAAGCCACGAUUUUGAGCAUUAUUUAUCUCUUCAUUUGUGUUCCAAGCAUUGCUUACUUUUUUAUUUGUGUCUCAACACAUUGACUGACACCCAUACUUAACCCUUCGCACUCGAGAGACGACUCCCAGUCGCCAGAUGAUACAGCAAAAUUAUAAACCUUGGUAUUUACCAUUCUAUAUUGCAUCGA